AUGGGUUUCACGUCGAUUUUAGGCGAAUUUGUGCCGUCUACAGCAAUGGUGAUGGUGGAGGGUUGCACUAUUGGCUUGACUAUAUUGGCUAGCACCGCGAUGGCAAAAGGGCUGAGCCCUUUUGUCUUUGUUGUCUACACUAAUGCCAUUGGUUCUAUCGUACUACUUCUGUAUUCCUUCUUUUAUGAUCGAAAUACAUUGGAAAUGCCAAUAGUGACCUUACCAUUUCUCUUGCGAUUAUUCUUCCUUGGUUUAAUCGGGGUGACAAUGGCACAAAACCUUGCAUUUCUUGGUCUAAGUUACAGCUCUCCAAUUGUUGCAAUUGGCAUGGCCAAUAUAUCACCUGCUUUAUCGUUCCUUCUUGCUUUGAUUCUCAGGACAACAAAAUUCAAUUGGAAAAGCUCCGGCAGCCAAGCAAGAUUAAUUGGCACCUGCAUAUCGAUUAUGGGAGCAACAUCACUCACUCUCUACAGGGGUCCUACCAUUAAGAAUCAUUCAUCUCCGGCACUAUCUCUUCAGUCCACGGCGGCACCACAGCAACACCUUUUUGUCUUCUUGUCAACCCAUGAAAAUUGGGUUCUUGGUUGCAUUUUGCUUGCAGCUUCUUCACUAGCUCUUUCGAUAUGGAAUAUUAUCCAGGUGGGAACUGUCAAAAUAUACCCACAAGUGAUGAAAAUAAUCUCUUUUUAUAGCUUAUUCGGAACAAUCCAAUCUGCUGCACUUGCUGCAUUUAAAGAAAGAGAUCCCACUGCAUGGACAUUGGAGCUUAACUUGGAGCUCUUUGUAAUCAUUCUAACAGCAAUUUUCAGUAGUUUGAUCCGUAGCAGUGUCCACAUAUGGUGCAUGCGAAUUAAAGGCCCUUAUUUUGUGCCCAUAUUUAAGCCACUAGGAAUUCCCAUUGCAAGUACAUUUGGAUGUUUACUCUUUGCAGAUACCUUUCACUACGGAAGCAUGAUGGGUUCAUUCGUGUGUGGAGUAGGAUAUUACACUGUGAUUUGGGGACAAAUCAGAGAGGACGAUGAGUUUCACAAAAACAGAACACCAUCAGAUGACAAGGUCCCUCUUCUGCAAGAAGACUCACAAGUAUGA